ACCCCAGGACUGACAGCUCAGUGGAUGGGCCUGCCAGCAGGACUCAUGUCGGACCACGAUGACUUUGCUGGCCUUGCUGUCCCCUGGAAUUCAUCAGACCUCAGUCUCUUCAAUCCAGCCAGUGUGGUAGUUCCGGUUAUAUUCUCUCUCAUUUUCCUACUUGGAACUGUGGGGAACAGCUUAGUACUUGCCGUCGUUCUGAGAAGUGGACAGAGAACACCGAACACCACCAAUCUCUUCAUCCUUAAUCUCAGUGUUGCAGAUGUCUCCUUCAUUAUCUUCUGUGUUCCAUUCCAAGCCACCAUCUACUCUUUGGAGGACUGGGUCUUCGGAGCUUUCAUGUGCAAAGCUGUCCACUUUUUCAUCUAUCUUACCAUGUAUGCCAGCAGCUUCACGCUUGCAGCAGUGUCUGUAGACAGGUAUCUGGCAAUCCGUUACCCCCUGCGGUCUCGUGAGCUUCGGACUCCAUACAAUGCAGUAGCUACCAUGGCUGUCAUAUGGGGCCUUUCUGUAGUGUUUGCUGGGCCAUACCUGAGUUACUAUGACUUAAUGGACUAUGAGACCAGCCAUAUUUGCAUGCCAGGGUGGAAGGAAAGGACACGUAAGAUUAUGGAUACAGGCACUUUUAUUGUUGGUUAUGUUAUCCCCGUGCUUAUUGUGAGCUUGUCUUACACCAGAACCAUUAAGUAUCUAUGGACAGCUGUUAAUCCACUGGAGGAUAUGUCAGAAUCCAAAAAAGCCAAAAGGAAGGUUACCAAGAUGAUCAUUAUUGUGACCGUCCUCUUCUGUCUUUGCUGGCUUCCCCACCAUGUAGUGGUCAUGUGUUAUCUUUAUGGCGAUUUUCCCUUCAAUCAAACAACCUAUGCAUUUCGCUUACUUUCUCACUGCAUGGCUUAUGCCAACUCUUGCCUCAAUCCUAUUGUCUAUGCCUUGGUGUCAAAGCAUUUCCGUAAGGGGUUCCAGAAGGUUUUCAGCUGUCUUCUGAGGAAGAAAGGUCGAAACAAGGUCCAUGUGGUACAGGCAGUCAACGCUGAGCCAGGAUUUGAUGUUGCCUCCACUGAGGUGUCCCAGAUAAAUGAAGAACAUGGAAAAAGAAGUGGAUGCCAAGCUGGUGCAAGUAAUUCAGAUUCCUCCAGGCCUCUAGUAACUCCAUGAGCUGUUGCCAAAACUACAUAAUUAAAAUCUCCAAAUGUUUCACAUUUUCUCUAAUAUUGUACAUCAAAUCUAAAAAAUGUUUUUGGGAAAAAUAAACUUAAAUUUCCAAACUCUAAAACAGAUUCCAGAUACAAUGCACAGUUUAACUCACCUACAUUCAUUACAUGGUGAUAUACACUUAACCAUUUCUGGAGUUAACAUAGUUUAUAACUUUUUUAAGGAGAUGACAAAGAGCAAUAAACUGUGGCCCAAACACCUGGAGAGUAAGUCAGGUUAAACCAUGGAAAAAUUAUUAGUAUAGUUUAUAUUAUUAAUGGAAAUAUUAUACAUGACUAUACAUUUUUUGAUGGUUACACAAACCAUUGACUUGAUUUACUGGCGCAAUGUCAAUGGACACCUUUUCAAUCAGUGCUUCUCGAGGAUAACCAAUGGUUCUUGAUACUACCCAAUUGUGUUCCUUUCAGGAUACUGAUGAAACAUGGACUGUUGGUCAUGAAAUUCAUUGCUGGAGUUCAUCCUUGUCCCCUGAUGAACAGUGCAGAUUACUCAAGUAAUACAAGCCACCUGAGAUAUUCUGAAUAGAUACUAAAUUCUCUUUUUGCUAUAGAGAUUUUGAGAAGAUAUGGGCACAUUGGAUGGAUGUGGUGAAGGACUUCAGAAGUCAUAUAAAAAGUGGCUACACCUAUUAACAACAUUCUCAGGUGUAUAACGGGCUCUAUCCCAUGAUCCUUCAGUUGUACGGUCUUGUUUUACAACUUGUAGUUUCUCCUCCCUUAAGUUGUUUAGUAAUUUGACUAUGAACACAUUCUAUCCUUUAUGUGUUGUAGGCUUCAGCUCCAACAUCACCAGCCGGAUACACCAUUAACAAAGACUGGUUCUGACUUUUCGUUUAUAUUUAUAUAUAUUUAUGGUUCAAUUACAUUUGUGGACUUUCCAGAAAUCAUAUUAAAUGUUGUCCUUUGGAUUUCUUCUCUUAAACCAAAUGGCUGAAACACAGCAUUGAAGUAUUUAAUUGAUGCUUGCUAAAAACUGGGCCUACUCAUCUGCCCCUCGUAAAAUCAUUUAAGACUUGCCAUCACGAGGUUGUGUCAGACUUUGG